CAUUCAUUGGUGGCAAAUAAAUUAAUACUUUCUUUAAUCAUCGUGAGAAAGAAGCAGCCUGCUCCUUGGCGUUGACCAGUUCUGGCUCUGCGUUUCAUCUUUCUGAGUCCACGGCGACUUGUUGUUCUCACAUCAUGCUCACCUCGACGUUCUCGAUCCAAGAAGCCACACUUGAAGAUAUUAGACUCGCUUUCAAUGAGAAACGAGUGACAUCAAAGCAGCUCGUCGAGUUGUAUCUCGAAGAGAUCUCCAAACUCAAUCCGAUGCUCUGCGCAGUCAUCGAGACGAAUCCAGAUGCGUUGAUCCAAGCAGAGAAGGCAGACAGAGAACGCGAGCUGAAAGAUGAGCUUCCUAUCUUGCACGGUGUUCCGAUUCUGCUCAAGGAUUCAAUAUCCACCAAGGACACGCUUAACACCACGGCUGGCUCCUUGGCUUUGCUUGGCUCUUUGGUGCCUAGAGACGCGGGUGUUGUCAAGAGACUGAGAGAUUCAGGUGCUGUGAUCUUGGGUAAAGCGAGCUUAAGCGAAUGGGCUCAUUUCCGGUCCAACGGUAUCCCAAGCGGUUGGUGCGCACGUGGACUCCAAGGAAAGAAUCCGUACGUUUUAACAGCUGAUCCGUGUGGGUCAAGUAGUGGUUCAGCUAUAUCAGUGGCGGCUAAUCUUGUGGCUGUAUCACUUGGGACUGAAACUGAUGGUUCCAUCCUCUGUCCAGCUAGUCAGAACUCGGUGGUCGGGAUCAAACCGACCGUCGGGCUCACGAGCCGAGCUGGUGUGGUUCCUCUCUCCUUGAGACAGGACAGUGUAGGGCCGAUAUGCAGGACAGUUUCGGAUGCUGUUUAUCUCCUUGAUGCUAUUGUGGGUUAUGAUCCCUUGGAUGAAGCCACGAAGAUUGCAUCCGAGUUCAUACCCGAAGGUGGUUACAAGCAGUUUCUGAGAGCUAGUAGUGGCCUUAAGGGAAAGAGACUAGGGAUCGUUAUGAACCAUUCUCUUCUUGAUCAUCCCAUUGAAACAUUAAGACGAGAAGGAGCAACCGUCUUUGAAAAUUUGUCGAUACCGAACAUGGACGUCAUUAUGAAUUGGACUAAGAGCGGUGAAAAGACAGCACUCUUGGCUGAGUUCAAGAUGGCUCUCAAUGCAUAUCUUAAAGAUCUUGUGGAAUCACCGGUCCGGUCCUUAGCAGACGUUAUUGCUUACAACGAGAGAUUCGCUGACGAGGAGAAGGUGGAAGAAUGGGGACAAGAGCUCUUUCUUGCAGCGGAAGCAACCAACGGAAUGGGUGAGAAAGAGAAAGCAGCUCUGCAGAAAAUGGAGGAACUUUCUAGGAACGGAAUCGAGAAGCUGAUGAAAGAGAUGAAGUUAGAUGCAAUCGUGACACUUCGUUCGAAGAUGAGCAAUGUCCUGGCCAUUGGAGGGUAUCCAGGAAUCAAUGUCCCUGCAGGAUAUGAUAAUGAAGGUGUUCCAUUUGGGAUAACCUUUGGAGGGUUGAGAUUCUCAGAGCCAAAGCUCAUAGAAAUUGCCUAUGGCUUCGAACAAGCAACUUUGAUCAGGAAGCCACCUAAGUUCGAAACCACUAGUAGGCAACAAAAACAAAGUUGCUGUUUUGUAUAAACAUAUCUUUGUAAUGUACAUUUAUUUGGUGAUUAGAAAUAACUUACAUAGAACAUUAUCACUG